UCGCCAGCCGCCAAAUGUCAGUGACAGUCGCGUAAUUUCUGCACAGCCAAAAUACUCGGGAGUUUUGGCCAAUUCUCGCACUCUGCACCAGCUCGCGAUGCCGGAAGGUGGCACGGAGUAGUUGAGGAGUCGUGUGGCGUGGAUAUCCGGGCAGAAAAUCGGGGCGUUGUGCGGAAAAAAGGAGCGGUUCUGGAGCAUUGUUUGCCAAUCGAUUUUUUGUCGUGAGCUCAAAGAAAUGAUAAACAGUGCAAAGUUUUGUGUUAUUGUGGUCCUCCUGGGAAUUAGGGAGCUGCCCACAGUGGCUGAGGAGGAUUACGAAGAGGGCUACUGUGCUCCUUACAAUGGCAAGGUGUGCAAAUCCUUCAUAGGCAGCAGACAAGUAUGGUACAGCCGGGAGGAUCCCACUGGAGGAUGGGAAAAUGAGAAAAUCACCACAGGAUUGUGGGAGGAGAUGAUCUCCGAACUUCCAACGACCUGUCGGUCAGCUGCUGAGAAACUCCUCUGCGCCUACGCCUUUCCACAAUGCGUUGUGGAAGAUGGGUCCACUAUAAAGUUGCCCCUGUGCUAUGAGGAUUGCGUGGCAACGCAUUUGCAGUUCUGCUACAAUGACUGGGUGCUAAUUGAGGAGAAGAAGCUGAAGAAGCACUAUUUCAAGUCUCGAGGGCAUUUCAGGCUGCCGGUUUGUGAAGAACUGCCUAGGUACGACAAAGAUUCCAAACCACUCACCUGCUCCUAUGUCGGCCUCACAGAGAUGAACAUCAAUGAAAUCACCUAUGAUUGUCGCAUGAGAAAUGGUCGGUACUACUUGGGCACUGUGAAUGUGACUCAAGCGGGAAUUCCGUGUCAACAUUGGGACUCUCAAUCGCCUCAUACUCACAUUCAGCCACCAAAUGUGUUUCCUGAGGUGAGAAAUGCAGAGAAUUUCUGUCGCAAUGCCGGAGGAAGUGAACCGUAUCCCUGGUGUUACACUAGUGAUCCAUCCACCAGAUGGUCCUACUGCGACGUUCCUCUUUGCCCCAAUUCAACGGAUGACUUCACCAAAGUGGACUCAUCUCAGAUCUCCAUGGAGACUUUCUUUACACCUUCCAUGAUUUUUCUGCUGUCCGGCAUUGGCUUUGUGGGCAUUGUAAUCCUGCAUCUGCUAGUGCUGCUUGCGUAUCGCAUUGUAAAGCAUAAGCACAAUCGCCAGGCAGCUGGCCAAAGUGGCUACAAUCAGGCAGCUACGCAUGAUUCCCAGAAUAUUGAUCUCAACAAAUUGCCAAGUAAUUCGGCAUAUCAUCAAACGAGCGCACAGCUAAAUCCGAUCCUGGAGAAGCUGGAGUAUCCGAGAAAUAAUAUAAUUUAUAUUAAGGAUUUGGGUCAGGGAGCUUUUGGGAGGGUAUUUCAGGCAAAGGCACCGGGCUUGAUUGCUGGGGAAGAGUUUACGUUGGUAGCUGUGAAGAUGCUAAAAGAUGACGCUAGUCAGGAUCUUCAGGUGGACUUUGAGAGGGAAGCAUGCCUCCUGGCAGAAUUUGAUCAUCCAAAUAUUGUCAAAUUGCUGGGAGUUUGUGCUCUGGGGCGUCCAAUGUGCCUCCUGUUUGAGUUCAUGGCACGCGGGGAUCUCAAUGAAUUCCUCCGUUCGUGCUCUCCCUAUGUCCUCCAGACGCGCAUGGAGACAGCUAGGACAGAACUGAGUUUGGGGGAUUUAUUGAGUACAGCUCAACAAAUUGCUGCUGGAAUGGUGUAUUUGUCCGAGAGGAAAUUUGUUCAUCGGGAUUUGGCCACAAGAAAUUGCCUAAUAGAUGAUCAUAUGAUUGUCAAAAUAGCCGACUUUGGCCUCUCGCACAAGAUUUACCUGCAGGAUUACUACAAGGGCAGCGAAAAUGAUGCAAUACCCAUUCGCUGGAUGCCCUUGGAGAGUAUUCUGUACAACAAAUACACCAUUGAAUCGGAUGUCUGGGCCUUUGGGGUUUGUCUGUGGGAGAUUUUCUCAUUUGCUCUGCAGCCCUACUAUGGGAUGACCCAUGAGGAAGUGGUGAAGUACGUCAAGGAGGGCAAUAUGCUGGCCUGUCCGGAAAAUACUCCACUUGCAGUGUACAAUCUUAUGAGGAAGUGCUGGAGUAAAAAACCAUCAGAUCGACCAAGCUUCCAUUUUCUCUAUCAAUCGCUGGAGCAAAUUAGGGCGGAUUAUGAGAACAAAACACUCCAGAGUGUCACAAGUAAAAGGAAAGAACAAAAAUACGUAUUUAAAUGAAAAAAAAAGAAGUAUUAAAUAAUUUCCAUUCUUUCAACUUUAUCACUAGGAAAAUGCAACUCAGGAAGCAUUUAAAACGAAAGCAACAUUUUGCGACAUAAUUCAUUUCCAUCCAUGAAAUCAUUCACUUUAGAACUUAAGUUGGCAAUCUGUCCUUAAGCAUUAUUCACACGCCAUUAAAUUAUUUAAUUGCAUGAAAUAUUUCAGUUCAAUUGUGUUCUAUGAUUGGCUGGAGCUUGAAAACUUUCAAAGUUUUAGCCAAUCGGAGGAUGCGAUGAAGAUAAAAAAAAAUCCAAUGUCAUUAAAUAUUUAAUUAAAUGUCGGUUAUGCUUUUUACCAUAAUUUACAGAGACUAAUAAUUUAUUUUAUAUAGCUAUAUGAUGAAUAAAAACUCCAAGACCAAAUAAUGCCAAAAGAAAAUUUUACCAGCAAAGGUUAACUUUGUAAAAAAAAAAUGAAAAAUACUUAUAAAAUUGUAAAAAUCAGAGAAAGAAUCUCAAAGUUUUAACGCAAUAUUCCUUGUUUAGUUUUUUAAACGAAAAUUGUAAAUAAGUGUAAUGGAAACCCAAUCUCUUUAUUAGAGUAUUGAUGGAAAGGCAUAUAGGACUAAAAAAACAAUCUAAUUAAUUAAAGGUGUGACUUGAUAUUUUAUAAAUAGUAAUUAUACCACGAGAAAAAAGACAUUGUGUCGCUGUUGUAUUCAGUGUAUAUUUAUUCCACCGAAAAAAAAGAAUAUUUCAAUUGCGUACUGUUUAUUGCCCUCUAUAUUUAAUAAUCCCUUAUCACUUUGCUAUAACUCUUCAUUAACCUUACUCUUUCUAUGAAAAAAAAAAAUAUAUUUAAAAAAAAACGUGUAAGUAAGAAGUGUGUUAAGCUCUUUUGAGAUGCAAAAGUCAACAAAGGAGCUGUCAAAAAGAUGAAUCUCUGUAAAGAACUGAUGAAAUGUCGAAAUAAAACAUCAACUUUUAGAUAGCGAAAA